AUGAAAGGUUAUGGAUCUCGAUACUCAAUAGGAUUAUUUUUUUAUUUAUAUACAAUCAAACAAGUCUUGGCACAAAAUGUUAUUUAUAAUAUUCAUGAUAGAACAGUUACAAUAUUGGAUGAGACAAAUAUGGGAGAUGUAAAUAAUUAUGUACCAUUGAUUGCAUUUUAUUCAACCGAUGCACCAAUCAUUGAUAGUGUUACCAAUAUAAUACCUGGAAUGGCGUCGAUGGUUACAAUCAAUGGAGAUCAUUUUGGAAAGGAUAGUUCAUAUGUUUUAAUAUCGAUGAAUGGAAAACAAUGUAAACCACCAAGAUUUGUUGGAAAUGGACAUGGUGUAUGUAAUCGACAAUUUGGUAGUUGUCAAUGUGACAGUGGUUACAACUCUUAUUUAGAUUGUUUAGCAGUAGUAACCCCAAACCAACAAUACAACACAACAGUUGGAGAUAAUGGUACAUCAACUCUAUCAACAAAUGAUACUAGUCCAGGAAUAGUUACCAAUUUUACAACUAGAAUUCAAUUAAGAGAGAUCAAUCUUGAUCAUUCAAUCAUUCAAACUAUAUCAAUGGAUAAUAUAACGUUGGAACUAUUGAAUCAUUCAUCUACUGGAGAAUCAAUAUUUAUUGGAACAAUGUAUAAUCAACCAACUAAAAUACAAGUCAAUGUUAAUCAAUACAUUGAUACCAACACCAGUUCAUUUUUAGGUGAAGAUAUUCAAGUACCAUCAAAUUCAAUCAAAUAUACAAUUAAAAUCAUUGAUUGGGUAUGGUCAUCACCUAUCAACACACUUCAAGUUAUAUUCCAUUCGAAAUCAGAUUCGGUUGUAUAUGAUAAAUGUGGAGUUGUGAGAGUUAAAAGUGAAGUAUCACCAGGUGAUCAAAUUGUAUGA